AUGAAAAAUCCUAUGCUAUCAAUUAAUUCCAAAAAAAAAAAAUACGUAAAAAAAAUAAUAAUUCUAACCUGCUAGAGUGAUCGCUCUGGGUACUUCUGAUACUUGGAACUCUGAAGAGGGAUGUUUACUUGUGGUUUCUGUCGAAAAUCUGAUUAUUUUUGGGUUGUAUACAACUUUAUGCCCAUUAAAACCCAACUGAACAGUCACCCACUGAGUUCUGCCCUUUGGUUUCGGUUUUUGAAUCUUCCUAUUUUGCUUUUGUUACUUGCCUGUGAAGGAUUUGCUAUCAAUGAGAGCACUGCUGUGACGUUUGCACUGCACUUUCAGAUUUUCAGUUAUUUGACUCCUGCAAUCGUCUCCCAGACUGUAUCUACUUUUGCUGUUGUGGACUGUCGUUGUUUCUUGUGUCACAUCCACUUCAUUGAUUGGGCUGAGGAGAUCUUUCGCACUCUCGAGCUGCUGAGAAUUUCUUCUUGUGGAUUGUGCUUCAGGCUCCCAGUACAAUCAUGUACUUUCUCCCAUUUCUCCUCUGCUGUGCGUCUCUCCGAGUUGCUGUAA